AUGUACCUCAACCGCGGUUCAUCUCAACAUACUGAAACAUACAGCCCACCAAUUGUCUAUUUCAGUCUCUAUAUAAGAGAAGGUAUCUUCACACAACUACCUUCACACAAGGAGAACGACGGCGUGUGCGUUUUCCUCGAGGGCACUAAAUACCACCUCUCUGGCCUCCAAAUCAUUGAGACCCUCAAGGCUGGCCUAAAGCACAAGUGCAAGGAACCAGUACUGCUCCUCUUGCCGCCAGACAAGCACGCUGGGAAUGAGGGAAUGUUGAAGGUCUAUUAUGUGGAGCAUAAACAGGCGGGAUGUAACGAUAAGAAUCAUGUGUGCGAUGUUGCAUGGGGGAUUCCGUAUGAGAAGCCGGAUAUGGUGAAGGUGCCGGUGAAGGAGAAAGUGCUGGUGUGGAAACCAGAGGAGACGACUCCUCCUCCUGCGGUUAAGCCCGUUACCACCGCUGACUCGACCCUCGGACCCGCCUCGCCAGCUACUAAGUAG